GCAGCCCUCGGACAGUCUGAAGCUCAGUCUCUCUGAAGCUACGGAACCUCCCCAGAAACAGGAUGUUGUGUCCCAGUGCUUUCCCGCCGCAGGCCUCCCCCUCCAGGCUGUGUUUCCUGGAUACUCAUUGGCCAGUUCGCCGCCUGUGGCCCGACGUUCAGCCGCUCUUCUUCCACAUGGAGCAGGAGAUGCUGCGCCACCUGCAGGAGAUGCGUCAGAACAUGGAGUUCAUGGAGCAACUGCACCAGAAGAUCUUCCAGGAGAUCGACCACACCUCGCCGUCUGCAGUUUUCAAGCCCAUCGCCUUCCAGGAGCUGUGGCGGGACGACGUCUUCGCUCUGAGUUUGGACACGGCGGCGUUUUCCCCUCAGGAGUUGGAGGUGACGCAGGUCGGCCGGAAGCUGAGGGUCAGCGGUCGCUCGGAGAAGAAGCAGGAGGGCGAGAAGGGCUCGUACUCGUAUCGCUGCCAGGAGUUCAGGCAGGAGGUGGAUCUGCCAGGCGAUGUUGAACCAGAGGCCGUCACAUGCUCGCUGACAGGGGGGCGGCUGCAGAUCCAGGUGCCACGGGAGAAAGCGGUGCAUGAUGGGAAGGAGAGGCUGGUUCCCAUCAACGUUCUGCCCGCCAUCACCUCUUCAGAGAGCGACCCGGCCGAUAAAAACUGAUCCGAGUGAUGCAUCCUGUCUGAUAACAUAUCUUUGUAGUUCAUGAAUUACCUGCACUUUCCUUUAUAUUGAAAAGAAGUUUAUAAUAAAGUUGUUUUUCCAGUUUU